GGAGAGAGAGGGGGGGGGAAGAAAGAGAGAGAGUGAGAGCGUGUUAGUGAACCCGGAGAGGGUGGCAGAUCUGUGUGAUAGUGUAGACAGGACCGUCGGGAAAGAUUUGCAUUGCUUUUGAAGGCGCCCUAAAGUCAUGCAGUCCCCAGGAAGAACCUCCUCUCAGCCCUCACAGGAUUUGUUGAGCUCCAAUGACAGCAUCCUGUUCAGUGAUCGGGACGUCUUCCAGUUGGAGGACGAGUCAUGCGAAACCCGUUCGGCUCAGUCCAUUCACUCUAACAGAAGUGUUUACAGUGUGGACGGAGAGACCACGAUUUCUGGAUCUCAGUGGGCGUGUGACGGGUUCAGUGAAUCCAGUGACCCUAAGAGGUCCAAAGAAGGGAAAGCCAAAGAGAGAACGGAAGGAGACAUUCUAUUUGCACGGAAGUGCUUAGAGCUACAGGGGUUUGUCAGACCUCUGCUGGAGCUUCUCAAUGGACUGAAGAAAGGACGAUUUGACAAAGGCCUGAGCAGUUUUCAACAGAGUGUCGCAAUGGACAGAAUUCAAAGGAUUGUCGGAGUCUUGCAGAAACCACAUAUUGGAGAGAAGUACUUACCAACUUUAAUGCAGAUAGAGGUGAUGUUAAAGCUUUGGUUUCCUCAAGUGACUCCUCAAGUUUCUUCGACACCAAACCCUGCUGACCUUUCACCUCGGGACAUUUCCAUCCAAAGCAGCAGCAAUACCACACCCCCACACAAGCACAAAGACCAGCUACAUAUUCCUGUCAAGAAGCGAAGGCUGAGCUGGUCUGACACAGACACACCGUCCUCUUCACCUCCUGCAGUGUGUAAGCGGUCGAAUGUCAAAGGCUGUGAAGAGCAACUUCAGUGGCCAUAUUUUGACGGAGGGGAGGGCUCUUCGGGGACUCCUCCCCCUUCCUCACAGACAAACCAAUCUGAAAGGAGACAAGGUGAAACAUCAAAGCACAAGAUCCUCCAGUGGUCCGGUUCCAAUUUGACAUGGGUGCACGUCGCUCCCAUCUUCUCCCCCCCAAAGUCAGGACCUUCUCAUAAAGGCGGAGCUAAAGAGAGAGGGAGCAGCUACGUCCUCCUCACCAGCAGGAGCAGCCCGGCCACGCAGGACAGCUCCAUCUCCUCCACGACACCUUUCUCAGAGCCAGCUGGCAGUCCAUGCAAGCAUGUCACAUCGGGGACUGCGAGUGCUUUGCAAGGGCGUGUUCAGACCCCACCGAUCACAGUGAAGCCUUCAUGUCUGGUACAGCAAAGCCCUUUACAAGCCUGAUGCAGAAAACCAAAUCUCAGAGAGAUUUGAGUCAUGGGACGUGUGAAGGUUUUGUCUUAAAGUAAUUGCUAAAACAAUAUAAGUAAAGAACCUUGGAGAAGUUUAAACUCAAGAUGUUGGACUUGAGUUUUGAUUGCGAUUGGAUUGAACAAUUUAAGGUGACGCGUGUGUAAUUUCUGCAGGUUUAAGGGGAUAAGGGGAAUGAAAAUUAUGUCAUUUAUUCACUACCACGUCAUUCAAAACCUGUAUAUGACUCUUUCUACUGCAGAACACAAAAGAAGAUAUUUUGAGAAAUGGUUUUGUGGUUUUGUGUCCUUACAAUAGAAGUCAACGGGGGCCAAACGUUUACCAACGUUUUACAAAAUAUCUUCUUUUGCUUUCUGAAGAAGAAAUAAAGUCAUACAGGUUUGCAAUGACAUGGGGCUGAGUAAAUGAUGAAAGAAUUCAAAUUUUUGGGUGAGCUAUUCCUUUAAAUUUAUACAUUCAAUAGAGAGAGAAAGAAAUUAUAAUCCAAAAAAAUAUGCACUUCACCUUUAAAGCUGCAAUCUGUAACUUUCGCUUCUAUAUCGCCAUCUCUGUUUGAAACAAAAUUGUGAUUUAUUUUACACAUAAUUACAUGUGUUGAGGUCAAACUGACAUUUCCCGCGAUAUCCGACCUGACAGCUCAACAUAUACAUAAUUACUAUAAGCUUACUGCUGUUAGUUAGGGUAAGGUAAAGACUUUUGAAUACUGGUUUUAUGUACUUUAACAGAUUUUUUUUCAUUUUUGCCCUAAAAAAUUUACAGAUUGCAGCUUUAAGGAAAUCUGAAAGGGAGUUAUAGUCAUUGACUUUGCUGCGAUACCAAAAUCUGGUCAAAGUAUGACCAGAAGGCAAUAAUUUUAAUGAGACAUCAAUGCAAGGUCAACCCGGUGGUACAAUCUAUCAUUUUAAUAUUUUUGUAUAUCAUUGAAUAGAUUGCAUACAAAAAGGACCAGGUACAUGACUGUGUUGUCUCUCAAAUUGCUAAUGAGGAUAUUGAGUGUUAACGGCCAGUAAGACAUGAAUGAUGGGCCCUUUUUGUAGCUCUGAAAGGAAAAUGUAGCAACAAUAUAACAUACUUUUGUGAGAGAUCAGACAGUAAACAUGAGUCGGACGUAACAGAGGAUGUUGCAAUUUUUGUUACUGUAUUUACAAAAGCAAUUUUUUUUUUCCAUCCCAGUGGGACUUUUUGCGCUUGCAGUGGUGGGAUUUGAACUGUAAAUGAAAGCACUUGAUCAGAUACAGUCAGUGUUAGCAUUUUCCAUAAUUCUUCUCACCCUGAUGUAAUGCAGGAAGUGAUGUAAUAUACAAUACAGGAUGAAAAGAGAAAAAUGUACAGAGUCUGAGUCUGCUUGAUUCAAAAGAUAUUCUUAAUGUGUGUGUACGGUACUGACUGUCUACUGAAUAGACUGACUAGAUCUCCUCAAAGUUUUGCUGAAAACCGGAGAUGAAGCGCUUGGAUGGUGCUGUUGAGCGACACAAGACAUCUUUGACUAACGGUCGAAAAAAGGACGACGGUCACAGUGAUAAUAGUUCUAAUAUGCCAACCCAUGGAAUCUUUAUUUAUUCAUUUAAACGUUUAUUUAUGUUUAUUUGUAUAUGUAUUUAUUCAUAAGGCAGCUCAGUUUGUGUGAGUUUGGUCUGUCUUGGACUCUUUUUUUUUUCAUCAUCGAGUUGCGAUGUUUGAGGUUUUAAUAUCUACAGGUAUAUUAAGAGAGAAGUGGGAUAAAUGAAGGCAAUCUCAGAUUGGAAACCCUGUGCCUUUUCUCCAAAAAGGAUGUGUGUAAAAACUUAUUGAUUGUGUUUUUUUAUCGAAUGGUACAGAACACAAAUGUCAAAAACGUUUUUUAAAUGCACGCAUUUGUUCAUGAAAAUAUUGCUCAUUUGUUCUCAUGAAGAAAUGAGAAAAACAGUAACCCAUGACCACUAACAGCAUAGGCAACCGGAGAAACUGGUGUGACCGAUUAAAAAUAAUAAUGUUAAUUGGUAGUCAUAGCAACAUUCGAAGUGACUGACCAAUCAGUUGUGAUGAACUAGAAUCCACCAAAAGUUGUAUUUUGGGGUUUAAGAAAUUAGGUUAAAAAAACACAUUUGUGUAUCAGUGAGUAAAAAACUGGACAGAAGCAUUAAGCAAUGUAAUGAGGGACAAACAAAUUUUCACAUGCUGCUAAAUUGCUGAUUUAUUUAGGAAAGAGAUUUAAUUAGCCUAAAACCCAGUUACUUGCCCCUAUAGCAAUAUAAAUACUUGCAAUGCUAAAACCAUAACUGAAGGUUUAUUAAGUAAUUUACUUUUUUACGUAAUGAUUUUGUAGAAAUCCGUGGCACUUAUUUUUUAUUUUUAAAUUGUCAAGUUUUAUACUGUACAGACCAAGUGGUUUGAUCAUAAAGUAUGUGUCUUGGUUGUUUCAACUGUCUUUUUUAUAUAACUGUGAUCUAAUUCUGUCCACCUACUGUCUUUCAACAAAGACGGACCCUUUAAUAAACAAUACAUUUUAGAAGUAGUAUGCUUCUGCA